GGCUCCGCGCGGCUUCCAGCGGCGGCGCCGACAUGGACGAAGCUGUGGGAGACCUGAAGCAGGCGUUGCCCUGCGUGGCCGAGGCGCCCACGGUCCACGUGGAGGUGCACCAGCGGAGCGGCAGCACUGCCAAGAAAGAGGAUAUAAAGCUGAGUGUUAGAAAGCUACUCAACAGGCAUAACAUUGUGUUUGGUGAUUACACCUGGUCUGAGUUUGACGAGCCUUUUCUCACCAGAAAUGUGCAGUCUGUGUCUAUUGUUGACACGGAAUUAAAGGCUAAAGAUCCACAGCCCAUUGAUUUGAGCGCAUGCAAUAUUGCACUUCACAUCUUCCAGCUGAAUGAGGAUGGCCCCAGCAGCGAAAAUCUGGAGGAAGAGACAGAAAACAUAAUUGCAGCAAAUCACUGGGUCCUGCCUGCAGCUGAAUUCCAUGGGCUUUGGGACAGCCUGGUGUAUGACACGGAAGUCAAAUCUCACCUCCUCGACUACGUAACGACGGCCCUGCUGUUUUCAGACAAGAAUGUCGACAGCAACCUCGUCACCUGGAACCGGGUGGUGCUGCUUCACGGUCCUCCAGGAACUGGAAAAACAUCGCUGUGUAAAGCUUUAGCCCAGAAAUUGACCAUCAGACUCUCGAGCAGGUACCGAUAUGGCCAGUUAAUUGAAAUAAACAGCCACAGCCUCUUUUCUAAGUGGUUUUCAGAGAGUGGCAAGCUGGUGACUAGGAUGUUCCAGAAGAUUCAGGACUUGAUUGAUGACAAGGAUGCUCUGGUGUUCGUGCUGAUCGAUGAGGUGGAAAGCCUAACCGCCGCCCGGAACGCAUGCAGGGCAGGCACCGAGCCUUCGGACGCUAUCCGUGUCGUCAAUGCCGUCUUGACCCAAAUCGAUCAGAUUAAAAGGCACUCCAACGCAGUGAUCCUGACCACGUCCAACAUCACAGAAAAGAUCGACGUGGCCUUCGUGGACAGGGCUGACAUCAGGCAGUACGUCGGGCCGCCCUCGGCAGCGGCCAUCUUCAGGAUUUACCUCUCCUGCCUGGAAGAGCUGAUGAGGUGCCAGAUCGUAUACCCUCGCCAGCAGCUGCUGACCCUCCGCGAGCUGGAGGUGAUCGGCUUCGUUGAAAACAACGUCUCCAAGCUGAGCCUCCUCCUGAGCGAAAUUUCAAGGAAGAGCGAGGGCCUGAGCGGCCGCGUCCUGAGGAAGCUCCCUUUUCUGGCCCAUGCGCUGUACAUCCAGGCCCCCACCGUCACCGUCGAGGGCUUCCUCCACGCCCUGUCUCUGGCUGUGGAGAAGCAGUUUGAGGAGAGAAAGAAGCUCUCGUCGUGCACAUGACCUGGCACCCCCGUCCUCGCUGAGCACAC